AUGUUUAUUAAUUUUUAGAAAAAGGCAAUAAAAGGUCUAAAAAAAGUAGAUAUUUUUUCAUAACCUGUUCAACUACUAAUAAAAUAAGAAGAGGGACAUAAAACCUUAUUUGGAGCUUGUCUUACUUUGGCAUUAAUUUCUUUCUUUCUCUAUCUUCUAAUUAUAAAUCUCUAUGCUUUAGGGCAACGAAAAAAUCCAACUUCAUUAACCACAGAGGUUUUUCAUGCACAGCCAGAGUAUUUCAAAUUUAAUGAAUAAAAUUUCACAUUAACUUUUGCAAUUCAAUCUCCAGAUUACGCAACAUAUUUAGAUGAAUCAGUUUAUGUUGUAGAUGCCAAAAUUACAACUAAAAAUACUAAGAUGUAUUAAUUAUCUAAUGUUUUAGUGUCAAUAAUAAGAAAAUAGAUGAGUGGACAUCAUAAGACCUUCCAAUAACCUCAUGCACUUAAGAUCUUAUUAGGUAGAUUGAAUUAUAGGAAUACUUUUCUCAUUUAAAUUUACCAACUAAUUAUUGUAUUGAUUGGGAUAAAAUAAAAGAUUUAAAUUUGGAAGGCACUUUUGAUGCUGAAAAUUAUAGUUUUAUUUAAUUAUAAUUUAAAAUGUGCAAUAAUCAAACAAAAAAAUCAAAAGAAUGUAGGUCUAGAGAUGAAAUUAAAAAAUAAUUAGAAUAGAAUUAUUUUUCACUUUAAAUGUCCUCUUAUGUUAUCGAUGUAAAAAAUGAACAAAAGCCUUAUAUUUCAAAAGGUGAAGAUAUUUUUACCACAAUUUCCAGUAAAAUAUUUAAAGAAAUUUCUUUUUAUAUGUAACCAAUAACAGUAUUUACAGAUCUAGGUCUUGUCACAGAAGAUUAUUAAGUAUAAAAAAGCUUAAGAUACAAAAGACACACAGAAAUGAUUGAUUUAAAUGAAAGUGAUUUAAUAAUGAAUGUGAUUAUAAGAUUAGAUUAAAUUGAAUAACAAUAUUAUAGAAAUUAUACAAAAAUUCAAAUUAUUUUGAGUUAAAUGGGAGGACUUUGGUAAGUAUUUUUUACAAUAGCUUUUUUAAUAUAGAAACCUAUAAAUAUGCUAUCUUAUUAUGUUAGAAUUUUGAAUUCCUUAUUUCAAUUUGAAUAGGAGAAGAAAAAGAAAGUAACAAUAGAAAUGGAUGAAGAGUAGAAUGCAAAUGCACAAUAAUAUGAAUUAAUGAAUGGGAAAUAAUUCUAAGUAUCCAAAGAGUAAGCAUCAGUUAUUGAAAAUUAAAACAGAGCAUUUUAAAGAUUAUAAUCUAUUAAAACAAAGAAGAAACAAAUUGAAGUAAUUGAAUCAAUGGCUUUAGAUGCAUAAUCAAAAGAAGAAGCUAGAUAAUAAUUAAUUAAAGCUAUAUCAUUUUCAAUUAAAUAAUAUUUCCAAAGCAUUUCAAAAAAACUUAGGAUGAAAUGGACUGAUUAUUUAUAUUUUAUAAGUUGCUUUGUUAAGUAAAAUAUAAAUAUUUAUUUUAGAUCUGAUAAUUAUAAAAGUUUAUAAAUUGAAUAUUCUGUAUAAAAAAUAAUUAAGUAAAUGGAUAUUUUAUAUAUAAUGAAGAAACUAUAAGAAAUAGAUAAAUUAAAAAUGAUUUUAUUAACAGAAUCAUAAAUUAAAGUUUUUGAUUAUCUUUAAAAACCAACAAUACCAUUAAAUCCAAAUUCAAAAUAAUUUAACAUAAGUUAGAAUUACUACUCAAUACUCAAACCAAUAAAAAGUGAUUUUUAAAGAGCUGAAGAUGCAUAAAAUGCAUUUAAAGAGAUAGUUGAAAAUAUAGAAAAUCCAAUCAAUGUGAAAUUAAUAAAUUCUAUCGAUAAAUCCAUAGUUGAUUUAUUAAAAAUUAGAAAGAAUACUUUAAAGCUAAUCUCUAUUGAUGAUGACAGUAUAAAUGAAGAAGGAUAAGAAAAAAAUAUUGUGCUUAAAAUGAAUAUUAGAAAGAAGCCUUCUUCAUUAAUAAAUUGCAAAAAUAAUGUUAAAUUAUAAUAAUUAUGA